AUGGGUUUCGAUCCGAAUCAAAGCCGUCGAGGUAGUGCCAACAAACCAAUAAACAUCACAUUCCUUGAAGUGAUCAUGGAGUUCAGUCCAAAGCUGAUACGUCAGGACAAAGCUGCAGUAAAAUUUCUUGCAAAAAUCAAUCCUGUUUGCAGCAUGCGGUAUUUGGAGCGACAUGGUCCUCCUAUUCUGCCAUCGAAAGAGCCUAUAUGGGAACCGUACCUGUUGUACAGAAAUUCUCUCGUGGAGAAGCACCCUGAUGACGCAUCAUCGGUUCGCAGUUUCUCUACUGCAUAUACAGCAAGAGGAAGGGGACGUGGUCGUGGUCGAGGAAGGUCGACACCCACACCGUCUGAGAGAUAG